AGUCUGCCUUCGAUUUUGAACAACUCCUGGUUUGCGGCUUUGACUAUGAUUGGGCGUGUUCUUGCAAUAUCCGUUCACGUCAUUCCAGGAAAAAGCUGAGAUACGGAUGCCGAUGGGCGCUGAAUGAUAUGUCAACAACGUGCAGAAUUGCUGCAACUGAUUCAUUCUACAUGUUCCGUACAAACCAGGACCGAUGUCGACCACUCGAUGUAUUACUUCAAUUUCUGUAACAUUAAUGUUGCUCCACGUCUGCACGAAUAAUUGACGGGCCUUAUUCACCCUCAAGGGCUAGCUAACUAGCUAGCCAGCUAAUGCAGAGCCACGUUUGUGUAUGAUCGCGUUGCUUAUGAUUUUGACGCAUGCCAUGUGAUCGGCGAGUGUGUCGAAUAAAGCCCACAUUUUUCUACUAAGUGGCAAACAGAGACAAUGCCACUUGAAGUGGGACCGUCACCCUCUGGUAAAGACAAUGGACAGAAGGACCCACCACGCAAGCCGGAGAAGGCCAGCCGGGCAAGUGGAGAGCCCACCCCUGGCCCAUCCAGUGCCCCCCAGAGACAGGGCUACUGCAGCUGCUGUCAAGUGUUCUACAGCAGUGUGGAGCAGCACCUGAUGAGUCCGAAGCACAAGGAGGUAGUGCGGACUGCUCGGAGUGCUGUCGCCACAGGCAGCCUGAUGGACAGGUUCCUGCAGGAUGUCAUGAGGCACCAUCCCCAUCGCUACAUUGACACACGGCCGACCCAUGCAGAUCUGCCAUGUCUGACCACCUUACCAGCCCCACGGGAGGAGCUUUCAGAGGUUUACUGUGGAUCUAAGGAUGACGGAGCGUCAGUUGGGACGCGAGAGGAGAUGCCCAGCUCAGAUGACGAAUCCUGUCCUCCUGCACCCACGCAGAAGGCUUCGUUGGCUUCAAAGAAGGAUGCGCCAGCGGCCACCAUCACGUCCGUGAAGGCUGCGGAUAUUCCCACAACAAGUACGCACGGUUGCUUGGACAGCUUUAAGACUCAUCUGAACCCACCGCUGUCCAGAAAGGACUCGCCCACACAAGGGUUUUUGCACAGGACUAGUAGCACUUCAUUACAAACCCUCUCGCAGUCAAAGUCCUACUCCAAGCACACCACAAAAGUACCUACAAAGUUAGCUAGCGCACAACCCCAAUCGCCCGCAGACCCUUUGCAUUCAAAAGACCCAUCGCCUGAACAGCCCAGUACCUCUCAGCCUCAGCACCGAAAAGCUAACAAGAAGACCAACCGACGUGGGGAAGGGGAUGACUCAGCCUCUGGCUCUCUAGUUGGAGCGCAAUCUUCCAGGGUCCCCACGUCAAAAGCCCCCGCUCUCAGCAGACCAGCAUUUGAGAGUACUGUCCUCUGGGCCCCAGCGAUACCCCCUUGGAAAGCUGCCCAUCAAGAGCGCACCUUCUCGGAUGUCUCGGACCAGAUAAACCAAGUGAUCAACGACGUUAUCGACCUCCAUUGUUACGGGCGAGUCCGCGAGCAGAAGAAACCGGACAUCGCUGACGAUGACGACGACGGCGAGGGAAGCUUCCGUCUGAGCCUGCACUCCAUGAGCAACUCGGCAGGAAGCAGGGGGUGGGAUGACACGCUGCAGGCUGCCCUGGGCACCACAAAGGUGGACGAGAAGAACCUCACAGGCCUCAUGGAGACCCACAUCAGUCUGGAGGACCAGAAGUACAAGAGCCAGCUGGACUCUGCCCUGAAGCCGGCACAGGACACGGAGGAGGAGAUUGGGGAGACCGAAGCAACAACGGUUAGCAGAGCAGACGUGGGUGCGGACGAGGUGCUGCCGGACCUCCCUCAUAUCCCGCCGUCGUUUGUUGGGAAGACUUGGGCCCAGGUGAUGCAGGAGGAUGACCUGAAGAUCGACUCGCUGGUGAAGGAGUUCCGUGAGGGAUCCUUCCGCUGCUACUUUGACACGGAGUCUCUGGCUCGCUACGGGAAACACCGGCGGAGAAAGACACGCAGGAAGACACGCGACCCUCAGCCCCAGGAGAAUGUCGAUACCACCGCCACAGUGGACUGCACAGAUGUCCUCCCUCUCAUGGAGCAUACUGAGGAGGAUGUUGUCAUCGAGGAGCAGCAGCAGCCAUUGCCAGUAAAGGAGCAGACAGCGCAGCCUCAAAAGCGCUUCUAUCGCCUCGCGUCUCGCUGUCAGGUGGUCAAGGUCAGUCACGGGACUCAGACGACCGGCGUGAGCUGGCCCAUGGUCCGUCGCAAAACAGUCGAAGAGAUAAGAGCGUCGCUGGACGAUGCCGAGCCUCCGCAGGAGUUGGGGCAAGUGACCAAUUCUGCCAAUGAAACGCCCAAAAUGAAGACCAGGCUCUGCGCUCUAAGCCUGCCGGCCUCCUACAGUAAGGUGAUGAGCCCGCUUCAGCCCAAAACGGUCGUUUACGUGCUCUCAUCCCCGGCGGACACUGCGCCGAGCCUCAGCAAGCAGCCGGGCAAGCGCAGGCCAGGCGGAGGAAGGAAGAAGAAGACGUGCGACCUGGACAGCGCCUACAAGUACAAAUACAAACGGACUCCGCUGAAAUACUACGACCCACUCACCAACCGGAUUUUAAAGUCCCCACCGAAAGGCGUGCCCAGCACGCCCAACCCCAAAUAUUACCCACAUGUGCGGCAGCUCUUCCGCAGCCUUAGUCCGGACAACAACAAAGAGCGCUACGCGUUCGAGUUCGGGAGCGAGUCCUGGGGGUCUCCGCGGGGCUGGGCCAGCAGCAGCGUGGCCGACCUCUGCGCGUCCAGCGCGGGUUCCUGCCUGGACAGCGCGGGGCCCUCGGAGCCCGGCUCCUCUCUGUCCAGCAGCCGCCGGGCCCUCUUCAGCCGCUCCUCCUCCGGCAGCCGGUUCCUGCUGGGCACGCUGACCCCAGCGCCGUCGGUCGCCGACAGCGCCCCCAUGGUCCCGGCGGGCUCCCAGACGAGCAGCCGUGGAAAGACGUCCUCCGCUGCGGCGGCGGUGGCGGCGGACCAGGCUGGAGGUCCAGGGCAGGGCAGGCGGAAGAGGAGGUGUGGGGAUAAGGCGAGAUCUUUGACGCCAGCCAAGAAUCCGGCCUCCCCUCCGUACAAGAGGAGGAAAAAAUCAGCCAAGCCCAGGGCCAAAGGGAAGGGAGGGGGGUCUCUGCAGCGGGCGGUGCAUCCCCGUAAGUCGCCGGAGGGCAGGACGUCUCCCAGGGGCAAAGCUGCCACCAGGACUUCUCCGAGAACUACACCAAGAACCCGAUCACGUUUGAGGCCCUAAAUAGAUUCACAUUAUCCCAUAAUUUAGGAGUGUGUGUGUGUGUGUGUGUGUGUGUGUGUGUCUCAACCCUGGUGAACCACCAGCAAAAUGUGUGUGUGUCUACAGCUGAUUGAAUUCAGCAGAUGAUCAUAAUGCCAUUGAGAGCUUACAAGAAAAUCUCCCCUCUGUGUGGUAUGGCAGGGCUGGUGGUGAAGUACAUAGUGUUAAUGGUCUUCCAAGAGCAACAUUCAGAAACCCUGAUGUACACAUCUAAAUAGGUGCAGUCAGUUCUCUUUUAUAAUGCAGUAACUGUUGCUGAGUUAAGAGGUUGUGUAGCAUCACAGAGACAUACGUCAACAGUAUACCAGACCUCAGCCUUUUUAAAGUUGUCUGUAGACAAUGUUCAGAACCAAAAUUAAAAUAGAUUGACUUCAGGUGUGUACCCACAUCCUGAAAUGACAAUGUCAAAUCUGUUCUCAUGAGACUAGAAGCUGUGUAAUACCUUGAGGACCAAGAAACAUGUAGGUGAUUUACAAAUCUUUGAAUGGGUUGUAAUGUGUACACCAAUAGUGUCUCACCCUGACCUAUCAUAGUCGAGUCUCAGCCAUUUGUUUAUAUCUACAAUAUGAAGAGGUAAACACAUUAGAAUAAUGGAGUGUUGUUUUCAUUCUCAGCUUAAACCCUGAUGUAAUAGUUUUUUUCCCCCAAAAUAAUUGGCACCCCUAAUGACAAGAUCAGUGGAAUGGUACAGAUCACUUUGUGUCCAAGUUUCCUGUUUGUGUUGAUUUUAUUUAUUUUUUUCCCCUGAGGGAUCCAUCAUUCCCACUGAAAGUGUAUGACAGUCUGAUAAGUACGUUCAUUUAAAUUUCUCUGUGUCUAUUUAUUAAUUUGACCUAAUUCAUUUCAUGAUGAAAUACCAGGAAUUGCAAACAAUUUAAAAUGCAAGGGUGCCAAACAUGAAAAGUUGAGACAAAUCAAUAUAGGAUUAAUGUUGCUGUAGCUCAUGUUUUAACAUGAGAAUCACUUUACAAAUUAAAAAUUAUAAUAAUUGGUUCACCCCUGCUUUCCUAAAUAUACUGUAGAAUUGUUCUUAAUUGAAACUAUCGAGUCUGUAAAACCUUUCCCUAAUCUCAACAUUUUGUUUCGCUGACAAAACCAUUCUAGUCAUCAUGCUCUACCACUUUUUUCACUUUAACAGGUGAAAACGUGAAUGUAGGAUGAUUUUUUUUUUUAGAACAGUUUAUACCUCAAGUAUCAGUGAGAUGAGUAGAUUGCGGUGACUCUUAUAUUUGGAGGGAAUUUCCUUAAGCACAUGGGUUUAAACUUGAAUAUGUUUUAAAGAUUUGGCACGACUAAAAUUUGCAUCUUGUUUCUGUACUUCAUUUGUUAUAGAUGUUGUGCUGUAUCCACACAUUGUGCACUGAUCUCUUUGUAUCUUGUUUUCUGUGCUAACCAAUUCUUUAAAGGUGCUAUGUGUUGUUGGUUCAGCUUAAAAAAAGAAUACUAGUUUAAAAAAAGGGCAUGGCAGCAUGUGAAAAAAACAACCAUUUUGACAGAAUAUCAAAAAUUCCUAUUCCAUUCGUUUCCCCAGAUACACACUAAAGUUGGCAUGCAAACCAGCUAGGUUGACCCAGCUGUCUUGCAGCAUCACUGUGUGCUGCUGUAUUAAAUACAAUGUGAGUUGAUGGAAGAGUGCCUUGUUGCUAUGAGACAACUCGGAGCCUACAGAACUCUGCAUAGCACUUUUAACCACAGAGGGCCCUAACUGAAAGAUGGGUAAAGUGCAGCUGUGGUAUCAUUUUUCUUGAGUUUCUCAGUUAAUGAAAUGUUUAGUUUAACCAUGUAUAUGAGCUAUGGGAAUAUGGUUCCCUUCACACAACAUAUUCAGUCUAACUAAAGCUAAUUUAAUAACUAGACAAGAUUUACUAGUUUACCAUCAUGAGCAAGACAUUGAAGCCCAAACAUUGAUGAGUCAGCUCAAUGCUCCCAUGUGCCACACGAUAGCUGUAUUCCAUGCAUGAGAACUGUGCUUGAUGACAUACUCUGCACUUUGCCCACCAAAUUAAUUAGGGCCCAUAGUCUGCUACAUGCCGGUGUCCUUUGGGAAAGCUUUGUGGUUGAAAUAUUCCAACAAAACUUAAGCAUAAAACUCAAGCAUACUUUGAGAGCAUGACCUGUUUUGCCGAUAUCAGCCUGUUAUUUCCAGAAUUUGCUGUAUUAUUUUAUUGUCAGUUACAACAGAGAUGAACUUGAGAUGUGCAUGUCCUGGUGGUAUUACAGUUGUCCGCACAUCAUGAUAUUUUUCCACAAUCACGUUGGUGUUGCAAUUCCAGAAACAUAUUGUUUAAUUACUGUAACAACUGCAGAGAAGAUGUUGAUAAAUUGCAUUCACCAUGAUAAGCUACAUUGUCUUCACAUAUUAUGUUCAUAGUCAUUCUCAGGAAAUUGAAUUUUGUUUGUUAAAUUAAUUGAUGUUGAUCAUCAUAGGUGCUGAAAAUUCUUGACUUGGCCGGGUAUUGUGAACUGGUUCUCUGGUGAGGGUGUUUUGUCUGUGUGCUCUGAAAACAAUGUCAGUUUAAAAAAAAGUAAAUAUGGGGACACUAGCUUUUAUUUUGCUACUGCGCUGAUUUAAGAAAAGAUGUUAUUCAUUCCUUUGGAAGGACAGAUUCAUCAGACACAUCAUUCACCCUCCUUUCCUCCACAUUCUUCCUGAAGUGGGACUGCUUACAUAGGUUAUUACAUGUGGUGAAGGAAACAGAUGCACCAUAUUUCACCUCUUAAUGAUACCUACCCAGUAGUUUGAUUGUUUUUUCUUUGAAAAAAAUCUGAAGGAUUUAUCUGAUGUGCAAUGUUUCAUAGCUGUCCACUAGGUUGUAUGGGAGCACUAUACAUGAAAAUAACUGUAAUGAAAUGAAUUGUCAUUCUUCCAUCCAUGUCAGCCCAGUUGAAGUCCUAUGGGAAAAGAUGGAGGUGGUUGAAAAACUGUAUUUUACACUGCCGCCAAAACAUCACCAAAACAUAAUCAGUGCUGAAAAGUCCAUUAAAAAAAUAAAAAGUCCCAUCCCUU